CGAAGUACCAAGCACACCUCAAGUAAAAGACAAGAUGCCUCGUUUCGCUGGAGUUGAAGUUGGCGGAACCACGUGGGUUGUUGCCAUCGCCGAGGAUCACCCGGAGAACAUCCUGGAGAAGUUCGAGGUGGAGACGACGACGCCAGACGAGACGAUGGGCGCCAUCGUUGACUGGCUGAAGGAGCGCAAGUUCGACUCGAUCGGUAUCGCGUCGUUUGGGCCCGUGGACCUCAACAAGAAGUCACCGACUUACGGCUACAUCACGAGCACGCCUAAGGCCAACUGGGGCAACACAGACGUGGUGGGCGUGUUCAAGCGCGCUUUCCCGGGCGUAUCCAUUGGUUUCGACACGGACGUGAACGCCCCCGCACUGUACGAAGUGGCGUACGGCGGCCACGGUGACAUCAGUAGCGCCGUGUAUAUCACAGUGGGCACUGGCGUUGGCGUUGGUGUGUGCACGAACGGCAACGCCAUCCAUGGCUUCAUGCACCCGGAGGGCGGUCACAUCGUCGUGCCGCCGGCCCCGCAGGACAUCAAAACCAAUUUCAAGGGCGUGUGUCCGUUCCACGGCGACUGCGUUGAGGGAAUGGUGGCGUCUGGCUCCAUUGCUGCACGUACGGGCGUGGACCGUCGUGAUCUGGCCAAAAUCACCGACGACAACCCGGUGUGGGACACGAUCGCGCACUACCUGGCUAACCUGUGCAUCAACGUGACGUUCAUCACAUCUCCGGACGUGAUUGUCAUUGGCGGUGGCAUUGCUCGUCGUGAGAAGCUAUUCGACCUGAUCCGCGAGAAGUUCGUGGCGCGCGUGAACAAGUACGGCCAGCAGCCUCCAGUGGAAAAGUACAUCCGCGCUUCUUUCCACCCGGCCAUCGGUCUCGUGAGCUCGCUGCACCUGGCGCGUCUGGAGCUGCAGUAACAAGGAAUGAAGAUGAGGUAUUCUCCGUCACACCACGCCAGCCCUCCCCACGCCUGUAGAAGACGAUAGUUAGAGUGCAGCGGGUCCCCGAAGGAUUUUGUAGAUUCUAGCUCCAUGGUGGCUGGAAUACAAGCCGAGUUUUUUUUUGUAUAAA